AACCUAAAAGAAUAGAGAAACUAUACCAGAAAAACAAACGAAAAUAUAAUCAAAGAGGAAUAAACGAUUCUCCAAAAAAGAAGGAAAAGAAGAAGAAGAAAAUUGGAGUUGAAAUGGUGCAAGCGUGACGAGGCAAGUGAAACAAAGUGUAAUAUUUACAUACCAAUCUUAUGAGAAUGAAGAAUGAGUUGAUGCAUAGAUAUACAACUGGAACGUGAUAUCUCGAUCAUUCAACCCAAACCAAGCUCAACUUCAUUAAGACCAAACUAACAAAAAAAAGAAAAAAACAAAAACAAAAACAAAAAAAUGAUGUAAACGAAUUUACAAAGGGAGAGAAAACUAGAAAAUCAACGAAACACUGGCCAUCUAUAGAGAGAACAACCAAUCAACAGUACACGAUUCUCCCUAAAAAAAAAAAAAAAAAGGAAUCACAAAAAAAAGACAGACGAAACAAAACAUAAUACAUACCAAACUUGCGAGGAUAAAAAGUGAAUCGAAUAGAUGAAGACAAAAGAAACAGUGAUGUGACCCCAAUCACUCACCCUAAACCAAGGUCGAAUUCAUUAAAACUAAACCAAAAAAAUCAACCAAGUAAAAAAAAAGUGAACAAACUUAGAAAGACAGAAAGAAAAGAAAGAAGAAAACUGAACUGAUUGAUACACAGAACAAACAGGCAAAAGUAUACCCUCCCGAAAAAUAUUCCCCUCCCUCCUCUUCCAAAAAAAAAAAAAAAAAAAGAAACUCGAAGGAGUGCAAACGUGACAAGGCAGGUGGAACAGGGCGCAGUACGAAGCAACUCUUAUGGAGCAGCAGUAGAGAGUGAGUUGAACCGGAGAUAAAACAGAGAGACAAGGGGAGAAGAGAGAGGAUAUAAUGGUGGCGCAUGCUCCCCCUAGUUGUGCACGUAUUGUAGAGCAGGCAGUUGCCCUCGUCGGGUCCAGGUACACGCGAAAAUCCAUAUCGACGCUCUGCACCGUCUCCUACGGCCGUUGACAGAGGCCACGGACAGAACCCGUCCGGUCGCCGCGGUUCACCGUCGCGACGCAGCUUCCUCGAGACUUACGCGCCGAUCCUACGCCCGGAGGUAGGCUCUUGCACCGCUUCGAAGCACGUGCCACUGCCAGUCGCGUGUCACUGCUCGCCGGCGGACCAACGCGGAGCGGAUCUCUCCGUCAGAAAGGGAAAGGAGAAUUUCACAUUUAAACGAGACGAUGUGAUGACUUUUACGAAUAGUAAUCAUUGUUGCUUUGACGAAGAUAAUUUAAAGUUUUUUUUUUUUUUUUUUCGAAAGGAAGAAACGUCGAACGUUGGUGGGUGUUCUCACAGAGAAUUUUAAACGCAUUAUGAAGAGGGAUUUGGAUGCAAUUGAAAAAGAAACACGUGUUUUGAACGUCGCGCACGUAUACCAAUAUCCAAGGAAGAGAUGUCUAGGAACAAUUCGAAAGAAGUGAAUGGACACAUUUUGUAUAUCCAUCUAUUAUGUUCUAUUAUAAUAUAUAAAUAGUAUAUAUAUUCAGUUACUUUGUUUUAAAAGGAAGAAAAAAGAGAGAGAGAGAGAGAGAGAUAUUUAGAAGCAAUUCUAAGGAUAUUAUUGAAGAAGAAUAAUCGAAGAAAGUUAUCGACGAUAUCGAUAAAUAUUUUAAUUACGAGAAUAUUAUUUAUUAAUAUUAUUUAUAAUUAUUCUUGAAAAAGUUGAUGGAAAGAGAUAAUUAAAUAAAUUUUUCGAAAGUAUUUUUCGAACAUUUCAAUAGAGACAUAAAAGAUUCGAAGGAGGAUCCUUUUAUUUCUAAACAAGUUCCUUUGUUUCCGAAGAAACAAAAAAAGUAAUUAGAAACGACUCAAAAGAACUUGAAACAGCAACAUAUGAAACCCCUAUGAAAAUAAAAUUUCAAAGGACAUUACAUUAUAAUAAACGGAAUUGGAAACAAACGCAGAAAAAGCUCGAACACUUACUUAGAUAGAAAUAUAAAUAAAUAACAGAGCUUUCAAACAUCUAAACCGUAUCCAUUGGAAAGUUCACCGUGAUGGAGGAAUAGCAUUUUAAAGGAGGCGUACGUCGACUUAUUCCAUCGGGGCCGAUAAACGUAGAAACUUUGAGGGCCGUCUUAAAAAAAGAGGAAAAGCCAAAGAUUCGAGAGAAAUCCCCGAAAGAAGAAUUUCAGAAGAUCAAAGUUCCUCGGAAGUUUUCUUUCUCCUUUACGUACAGAGCAGAAGAAAAACAAAGGAGAAGAGACCGCGAGAUGUAUAAAUUUAUACGUACAAAUUUCUAAAUCAAUCACGGAUCCUCGUCAUUUUCCUCGUAAAAAAAAAGAACGAUAUUUCGAGAGACACGAUCAGCAGAGGCAGAGCGGCGGAAUGGACGAAGUUUUGAAACUCGUUUACGAAGCUCUAUCGACUAUUGAUUACAAGGGACUCUGAACUUCUCGAGGUUCGCCUCGAGCUGGAGAGAGAUCGCGAUACGACCCUCCUUGUGUCGUUCCUCCUUACGAGUCGAGUUGAAAUCAAGGGGGAAGGGCGGCGGUGCAAAGCGCUAACCAAGAGGAGCUCUCGAGCACCUUUUUCCCCGCGGUGCAUCGCAUAGCGAUCUGUCUCUCGAUCGAAACACCAGUAUCGGUUCUCGACCAUAUCUCGAACUCGCCCUUUUGUGUUUCGUGGCUUUCCACGCGGUCCUUGCGUUAUGCCAACGCAAGAACAAUAGAGGGAUUGAAGAUCACGUUCAACUGUUAACGCUCGAUCCACAGACAGACGUCAUCAUCACGGUUCGGUAAUUGGAUCUCGAGUGGUUUGUCUAAUAGCUGUCGAGUGCCACUUCCGACCGUUUCCCCGAUCGAUCCUCUUCGUUUCAAUUAAUUCUAUCUAGGAUUAGACGUUAGAAAAGGCGGCACGAGGAUGCAUAUAUAUAUAUAGUCGAAUAAAUAGAAGAAAUCUCUCGAAAAGAGCGUUGACAAAGGAUAAUCCAAAAACAGGGAGAGGCAAAAACAAGAGAAGUUUUCUUUUCGAAUAUAUAUAUAUAUAUAUAUAUCAUCGAGUGAUAUCAAGAACUGUAAUUCAAUGGACCUACCAGGUUUUCCCCUUUCGAUGAACGCUUAGAACGCGCAGAAGAAAUUGUUGAGCAAGUUUCUCUGUAAAGUUUCUCUGUGGCGUAAGGAUAUAUUUCAAAGGGAUAUCUCCUCCUUCGCUUUGACGAAGGAAUUCAAUGAACACCGAAUCCGAUGAAAUCGACCUCCGAUUUCCAACUAUUUGUAAAAUAAUCCCGCGAAAACUUUGUUCCAUUCGUAAGUGACGUAAAUCGAAAUAGAAGAGGUGCGUGUAUAUAAUAUAGUAAUAAUAUGUAUAAUAAUAGUAAUGUAAAAAUUCGAUAAACCUUUAUUAUCACGUUUCUAUACGGAUAGGAAUCGCGUGUGUAAAGAUUAAACGUUGUUGUUCAAAGAUUAAACAUUCCUCUCCCCUCCCCCCUCCUCUCUUCUCCCUGUAUUUGCCUUGGUUUGCCUUGCAACCGAAGGACUUCCGGAAAGGAAUCCCUCCUCCCGAGGAUUAUAUCCCCCCUUCAAUGGCCCAAGGAUCUUGGAGGAUCGACGAGGCAUUUAAUCGUGGAAUCGACCGGCGAUCGAUCGAAAAUAUCUUCGUUUCCCGAGGAGAACAACGAGUAAAACAAUUGCGACCGAUCGGUGAAAAAAAGUAGUGUGCCUCUGUCGAGGAGAUCGAGGGCGUGUUUCCUCCUAAAGGGAAUUAAAUUUUCUCUUGAUCGAUCAGAGAUAUCCACAACCUGCCAGAUCAACGUCUGGCACGCGAGAUUACAUUUCAUGAUUGCGAAACGCGAAAUCGUGAGUUCGAAAUCUUUUUUUUAACAUUCUCGAAUCACGAUUGCGACGAUAUCACGAUUGUGAUAUACCACAAGAAGAUAUUAAGAUUGGAAAGAAGAAUGUAAACGAAUCAACGUGGAUCUUGGAAAAUUUUACUUUGAAAUCAUUUAAUAUUGAAAAUAUUAAAACAUUUCGUCGAGAAAGAGAAAUUUUCUUUAACGAAAAUUCCGAGAAAACGAUAUAGAUUGUAAAAUCGAUAAACGUUAAUUCUUCUUCGACUUUGCUCCUCCGUAUCCUUUCUUCCGAAAAGACGAACGAACGAACGAACGAACGAACCCGAUCGGAGAAGCGAAACGUUUCGGUUCGCGAUUAGGAAGGAAGCAUGAGCUGGGAAUCGAGCAAUGAGACUGUUCUCGACAACGGUAAUUACGUGCUGAACACGUUGCAUUAUAUCAACAAAUUGAACGAGUCCGUGAACCCAGAAGCGAUCGAGUGUCUGGAACGUAAGCAUCAGGAGGAGUUGCAAAGGUUGUCAUUGGGGAUACUGGAGGAGGAACAACAGGGGUGUGAGAUCAGUUGGGACUCUUUAUUGUGCUGGCCGAGGACACCUCCUGGAACGUUGGUCACGUUACCCUGUUUCGAUGAAUUGAAUGGAAUCCGCUACGACAGCACCCAGAACGCGAGUCGUUGGUGCAGGAUAGACGGUGUCUGGAGCAAUUAUAGCAACUAUAGCCUCUGUCGAAAUCUUCGCGAGCCAGCGAUCGAGGGCGGUGCAGAGGUUAUCUCGACGACUAUAUAUUUCGUCGGUUAUAGCAUUUCGUUGAUCACCCUGAUCAUCGCUGUCUCCAUUUUUCUGUAUUGCAAGGAACUCAGGUGCAUUAGGAACAACAUACACACUAACUUGAUGUUCACCUACAUCCUCGCAGACUUUAUGUGGAUUCUAAACAACGUGAUGCAGGUCUCGAUGCAACCCGACGUACCGACUUGUAUCGCUUUCCUGUCACUGUUUCAUUAUUUCCAACUGACCAAUUAUUUCUGGAUGUUCGUCGAAGGUCUCUAUCUAUACCUGUUGGUCGUAAAGACUUUCACGGGCGACAAUAUCAAGUUGAGGCUGUGUCUUAUUAUAGGCUGGGGUAUACCGGUUCUGUUUAUCACCAUGUGGUGCAUCGCCAAAUCACUGGACCAGAGCGCAACGAGUCAGGAUAUUGCGCUAGGCAAACAUUGUCCCUGGAUGGUAUCGCAUGCUUAUGACUGGUUUUACCAAGCCCCAGCUAUUUUGGUUCUUUGCGUGAACGUCGUGUUCCUCUUUAUGAUAAUGUGGGUGUUGAUAACGAAGCUCUGGUCCGCGACGAACGUGGAAACUCAGCAAUACAGAAAAGCGAGCAAAGCAUUGCUGGUUCUGAUACCGCUCCUCGGAGUGACUUACGUCUUGGUGCUAACAGGACCCACCGAGGGUCAGGUUGCUAAUGCAUUCUCCUACGCUCGAGCUGUGUUACUUUCUUCCCAGGGACUAUUCGUCGCAUUGUUUUACUGUUUCCUGAAUACCGAGGUACGAAACACGGUGAAAAGCCACAUCGAACGUUGGACCACAGCCCGCGAUCUGGACACAGAAAGAAGGUAUUAUAACAAUUGGUCUCCCCGUUCAAGAACAGAGAGUAUAAGAUUAUACUGUCCACCAUCGAAUCCAUACAGAAAAAGGGAUUCAUCUGUAAGCGAGACGACGACCACAACCGUUGUUGGAUUAAACUCGACGACCACAUUUCUAGAUAAAUCGAAGAAAGCGAUCUCGGAGGAUAUGAACGAAUAAGAAUGAUUUUGAUUAAAGAAAUUUCGUUGAAGAAUCGAUUAAUCGUUGAAAAAUAUUUCAAGCUGCAUGCACUUGAAAAAGAGACACUCGAAAACUGAAUCUAACAUCUAAAAGAAUAACUCUAUUUUAUUUCUUUAUUUCGUAUAAAUCGUUGACUCUUUUUUUAAUCUGAUAUUUGGAGAGUGAAAUGCCUAUCUGAUGAGAUGGGAAAUCGUUGUUUAUUAUUUAAAAAAAUAUGUUUGCGAAUUUUUCAUAGUUAUAGGGAGGAAUAUGGAUUAGAAAGUGAAUUAAUUAUUGUGAAUGUUAUAAACGAUGAAAGCAAGAGGGAAUAAUAACUGAAGGAGAAAAAGAUUGAAGAUAUAUAUCUUGUUAAAGAAUUGUUUAUGAAAGAAUCGAAAAAAAAAAAUGUGAAAAUAUUUAUUUAUUAAUUUAUAGCUUAUGCUAUAUAUAUGUGCCUGCUUUUUGAUAUUUUCAUUUUCUCUCAUUUUCAGUUAGAACUAAUUUUUACUAGAUUCUUGAAUCAUUUUUCUUUUUUGCUUUGUUUUACAUAUAAUCACAUUUAAUGUACAAAUAUUUUAUGAUACAAAUUGAUUGUGAAUUGACGAGUACAUUUUAUAUAUAUAUAUAAAUAUUUGUUUAUACAUAUAUAUAUAUAUAUAUAUAUAUAUAUUUGUUUUCUUCAUUUUCGCAAUAAAUUUAAUAAAACAAUAUUGAUUUAAUUUCAUUCAUAUAUAAAAAUAUCCGAAAACAAAUGCAAUAAAACGAUACUUCAAAUGAAGUGAUCAAUUCUUUCAACCUUUUCGUUGAUUUUAGUUUUACAAUCAAUCCUUUCUUUCAUAAUAUAUUUACAUAUACAUAUAUAUUUAUAAGAUUACCAAUAAUUAAUUAACUUUACAAUCUGUAUCUCCCUAAAAAAUACUUGUAUCAAAACAUUUAAUAUAAAAUAUAAAACUGCUUCUUUUUUGCGAGAUAACAAAUCAUUUAAAAAAUGUUUAAUCCCUUUGAUUUCUGUUAAAAUACAAAUGAAGAAAAAUGC